GCUCCAUUUCUGAUGCUCAAGAAGGACGCAAAAGCGGAAGCGGAUCAACUGCAACAACAACAGGAUAACUUUGAAGGAUACUGCGUUGAUCUGACGCAAGAGGUUGCAGAAAUCCUGAGAUUCAAGUACGUCAUCAAGCCCGUCAAAGAUAACAAAUAUGGCAGUAACAGUUCUGGAUCGUGGGACGGAAUGGUGGGAGAACUGUUGAGGGGGGAGGCCGAUCUGGCUAUCGCUCCACUGACGAUAACAGCAGAUCGUGAGAGCGUCAUCGACUUUUCCAAGCCAUUCAUGGGAGUUGGAAUCAGCAUCAUGAUCAAAAAAAUGUCUAAGAAACCACCGAACGUCUUCUCUUUCAUGGAUCCUCUGUCCUACGAAGUCUGGAUGUGCAUCAUAUUUGCCUACAUCGGAGUCAGUGUCGUCCUCUUUCUGGUUAGCAGGUUCAGUCCCUUUGAGUGGCACGUUGACAACAAGCAGGACUCUGUGGCCAACAACUUCACCAUUUUCAACAGCUUGUGGUUCUCUCUGGGAGCCUUCAUGCAGCAAGGGGUCGACAUCGAGCCAAGGUCGAUGUCAGGUCGCAUAGUAGGCAGUGUGUGGUGGUUCUUCACACUCAUCCUCAUC